AAAAGAAAAAAGAAUUAACAGAGGAAGGAUGAUUUUAAUUUUCUGAGAAAAGACUACUCGUGCGAUUCGAACUUUCCACGCGGGGUCUCCCCUCUUCUCCUCCCUCUGCUCCCCCAUGGAUACCCCGCCGAAGUUCACGUACUCCGUGUGGGCACUUCCGCCGGACGACCUGGCCCCGAGGCUGAGGACGUUGAUGGCCGGGCUCCGGUCGGAGUUCGGCGGGCCCCAGUUCGAGCCCCACGUCACCGUCGUCGGAGCGAUCGUUCUGACGGAAGGUGAUGCGGUCACCAAGUUCAGAGCGGCUUGCGAUGGGCUCAGGGCUUACACCGCCACUGUCGAUCGCGUGGCCACCGGGACUUUCUUCUACCAGUGCGUGUACUUGCUUCUCCGUCCGACGGCUGAGGUUGUUGAAACCAGUGAUCAUUGCUCUGCUCAUUUAGGUUACAAGAGGCCAACGCCUUACAUGCCACAUCUGAGCCUGCUCUAUGGAGACCUGACAGAUGAAGAGAAGAAGAAAGCUCAGGAAAAAGCCAAUGAGCUCGAUGGGAGCUUAAAUGGCCUCAGCUUCCUGAUCUCUCGCCUCGCACUGUACAAAACCGACACGGAAGAUAAAACUUGUCAAUCAUGGGAAAAGAUAGCAGAGUGCAGCCUCAAUACAAGUUAGAUUUUAAUUGUAACCAGUAUUUCUUUCCUUAUGUUCACAACAGUUCUGAAAAACUCGUGUUCUCUACUUUGUCAUCUGGUGUUGGGAAUGAGACUAUUCCAUGGGCAUGUGCAUCCAA